AUGGGGAACAAUAAUAAUUAUUGCUGAAACUACGCAUCCGAAGAGGGAAGAGAUAAAAAGUUAAAAUCCACACUUUCAAAACAAUCAAGUAGGAGAUAUUCUAAGAAGAAUGGGAAUAAACCAACAAAUAACCUCGUGACCAAUCAAGGGGUAGUCACUACUAACCAAAAUGCCAUCUACACAGAGACAGGAAACCAAAUUGUUAAGGAUAUAUUAAAAUCAAAGAACCCAAACGAGCCUGUUAAACUCCCGAAUGUUAAAGAAGAGAAAGAGGUUCCCUUAGAACUAAGUGAGGAGAAAUCUUUGAGAAAGAAGGACGAAGCUGAAGAGAAUAAGCUCGGAGACAAGGACCAAAAGCCUGCUGUCCGGACCACACUGGUUGCUCCUGAGAUGAAGAUGCAUGUAAAGUCAGAGGUCUCUAAAGGGAGUCCUACUCAGCUAGAAAUCAAGCAAAUUAGGGGUAACACAAAGAUAAACCGGUCUGAUAUAAAAUAAGAGUGAACAUGAUAGCAAGACUUGGUCUAAGAACCAAGGUCAAUUCAAGAAUAAGAGGAGUGAGGGUAGUAAAGGCAAAAAGCAUCAUAGCAUCAUCAGUAUCAGCAGCAAGAAGAAAGGACAGGAAAUUGUCCUUAGUAAGCACAAGAAUCCUAACUUGAGUAAAGUCAACGAAGAAGAGAAGAAUAUGGAGGAAGACAAGCAGCUUGAUGGUAUGGGCUUUGACUGCUUUGAAGUAGAUGAGCAAGAUUAUGAUAAAUAUUCCGCUAAAUUAGCCUUAAUGUAUGAAAAAUACUCCUUCAAGGAGUACCUAGGUGUCGGAGUUUAUAGCGAGGUUAGAAGAGUUGUGAAUAAUUUCACACAAGAAUCUUUCUCCAUGAAGAUUUUGAAAAAGGAUUAUCUUAAGAAGGAGAAACCUGUCAAACCUGUACUAGACUAUUUGGUCUCUAGUGAGCAUAAGAACGUCACAAAGGUUAUCGAAUAUUUCCAGGAUAAGAAGUUUUACUAUGUAGUAUAUGAGUUCAACCAGGGUGGCAUGAUGUUCGAUUAUAUCUGCGAAACUGUAAACUAUGAUAAAAAGAUGAUAGCUAAUAUCAUCAAGCAGAUCCUCUCAGCUCUGCUUUACAAUCAAGGCCAAGGCAAUGAGAUAUACCAUAAGGAAAUUAGACCAGAGAAUUUGAUGAUUGAAGAUGCUUUGCUUGAUAUAAUCAACUUAAAAAUUAACGAUUUCAGUACUUGAGUAGAGUACAAUGGCAAAAACAAGAAGAAAAAGCAGAUGAAACAGACAUUUUCCUCCAUCUAUUUCCUUCCACCAGAAGUGAUUGCUAAUAUUGGUUACCAAGAAAAUUCAGAUAUAUGGAGCACUGGAAUAUUGCUAUACAUACUUUUUACAGGAAUUAAUCCAAUAAAGGACAUUUCAAACAAGUUCACGAUCAAAAAUAUAAAAUCAAAGAAUUUCAAAAUUCCAGAUUUAGUAAAAACAGGUAUCAUUGAAGAAGAAGCUGGGGAUCUCCUCCAGAAGAUGCUUGAAAGAGACUGACGUAAGCGUAUCUCCAUCAUAGAUGCUAUGAAUCAUCCCUGGGUGAUCAAGUACUCUAAGGAAGAGGUUGGGGAUGCAAUUAUUUCAAUCAAUAUCCAACAAAAAAUCACUCAAUUUUGGAACCUUUAUUCUCUUCAAGAAAUAUGUAUGAAGUAUUUCGGAUUUCUGACCCUCAACAGUAUGAGAAUCGAUUCCAUUGAAACUGAAGCUGAGAAGGAGGGCAUCAGAAAAGCCGAUCAGUGAGAUUAUGACCAAUUAUUUGACAUCUUAAUGGAAGUCACGAAAAAUAGCAAGGAAUCUGUCGAGUUUGAACUCAAAAAUACACUGAAGAACAUAAAAUGAAACAACGACUCAGGUACCUACACUUUUGGAGAUUUCUUAUCAGGAAUCAGCAAAGCUCAGGAGGAGUUCUGUGAAGCCAAGAUUCGAACAAAUCUUGCAAGGAUGAAUCCUGAAGGAAAGAUGAAAUGCGAUGAUGUUAGAAGGAUGCUCAUUGAGAGAGAAGACUCUAUCAACCCCGAUUGGAAUGACGUCCUGAAAAAGUUUAGCAUAAAGAAUACUGACCAGAUUGGCUAUGAUAUGUUCAUUAAAGUGUUCAAGGAGUUUAGGUGUUAAACACACCUUUUCGGAGUUUUAAACUAAUCCAUGAGAUCUCUUAAAGCUGAUA